AUGGAUAUCGACGCCAAAUACGACCACUACGACUUCCCCUACGAGGCCAAGGAGCCUCAAAAUGGCCACGCCGGUCACCUCACCGAGGCCCAGAUUGCUCAGGUGCACCAGCUGCGCAUGAUGCUCGAGGCUGAGGGCCUCACGGAACGUCUCGACACGCUGACUUUGCUGCGCUUCCUCCGCGCUCGCAAGUUUGAUGUCGCCCUCGCCAAGCAGAUGUUUGUCGACACGGAAAAGUGGCGAAAGGAGACCGAUCUCGACAACACCAUUGCUACCUGGGACUACCCCGAGAAGCCCGAGAUUCAAAAAUACUACAGACAGUUCUACCACAAGACUGAUAAUGACGGCCGCCCCAUCUACAUUGAAACGCUCGGCGGCAUCGACCUGACUGCCAUGUACAAGAUCACUACCAGCGAGCGCAUGCUUCACAACCUGGCUGUCGAAUACGAGCGCCUCUCCGACCCCCGCCUGCCUGCCUGCUCCCGCAAGGUCGAUAACCUCGUCGAGACUUGCUGCACCGUCAUGGACCUCAAGGGCGUCACCCUGACCAAGGUCCCCUCGGUCUACUCGUACGUCAAGCAGGCCUCGGUCAUCUCGCAAAACUACUACCCCGAGCGCCUGGGCAAGCUGUUCCUCAUCAACGCCCCCUGGGGCUUCUCGACCGUCUGGAGCGUCGUCAAGGGCUGGCUGGACCCCGUCACCGUCAAGAAGAUUCACAUCCUUGGCGGCGGCUACAAGAGCGAGCUGCUCAAGCACGUCCCCGCCGAGUCCCUGCCCAAGGAGUUUGGCGGCACCUGCGAGUGCCCCGGCGGCUGCGAGAACGCCGACGCCGGCCCCUGGAAGGACCCCGAGUGGGCUCGCCCCGCCAAGUGGGAGCAGGCCGCCGUCACCAACGAGCCCUCCUCCGUCACCAAGCCUGCCGAGAACGAGAAGGCUGCCGCCGUCGUCCCCGCCGAGGAGGAGAACACAGCUGCUGCCGCUGCGACUGCCUAA